AUGCCUCCGCGGUUGCAAAGCAAGCAGCACCGCCCCGGCCGGCAGGGAGAGGAAGGCGGCCGCGGGCGCCCAGGCCGCGCCUUUAGGGGCGGCGCGGCGGGCGCGGCGGGGCGAAGGGCGCCCGCCGCCUCUUACGAGCUGACCUUCCUCAGCAAGCCGGAGAUCCUGCUGGCGCACCGACGGUUCAGCGAGCUGCUGCCCAAGGAGCGGCGGGAGAGGGCGUUCGAGGAGCGGGUCCCCAAGAGCCAGGUCCUGCUGCUGCCCGAGUUGCGGGCAAACCCCUUCCGGGAUCGCAUCUGCCAGGUUUUCUCCACGGCGGACAAUGGCGAGGGCAGCCUGUCCUUUGAGGAUUUCCUGGACCUGCUGAGUGCCUUCAGCGACUCAGCGACACUGGAAGUGAAGUCGCACUAUGCCUUCCGCAUCUUUGAUUUCGAUGAUGACGGCACUCUGGACAAGAAGGAUCUGGAGAAUCUGGUGAACUGCCUGACUGGGGAAGGAGAAGAAAGCCGGCUGAGCUCGGUGGAGAUGGACCAGCUCAUCCAGAAUAUCCUGGAAGAGUCGGAUAUAGACAAAGAUGAGACCAUCAACCUGUCUGAAUUCCAGCACAUCAUUUCCCGAUCACCGGACUUCACCAGUUCCUUCAAAAUUGUGCUAUGAUUCAGUCCCAAAUUGUACCCGCCUGCGCCAUGUCUCUGAGGAAAAGGCAAUGCUCCCUCUUCCAGCUGGGCUGCAUCCACACUGCACUCCUGUCCCUUAUGCAGCACGAGGCCAGUGAGGUGCCCAUGCCGUGGUUUUGGCCCGUUUUCCUGCAGUUGUUGCUUCUGCCAAGGAGCUGGAGCAAAGACAGCCUUUGUGGCAGGGGUCCCAAGUGGCCUCAGUGCUCCUGGAGUGGGAAGGCACUCUCUGUCUUCCUGGCAGUCUUCCCACCUGGACUCUGCAGGCCACUGGCUCCAGGUCGCCCAGCCUUGCCGCAGCAGUGGAGGAAGGCCGGUCCUGCAAAGGCUGCGGUGUCUGCUGCGGGGCCGGCUCCUUGCAAGCUGGCUGCGGCCUCACGGAUCCCUUGCCACCUGGGCUCGUCUGCUGGGGGAACUCGCCUCUCUGCAGCUGCUCCUUCCCAGCGUGAGACUGGACUUCUCUCACUUCCCACGUGGAUCAGCUGCCUGGGGCAGCUGCGGGGAGCAGAGCCCAGCCUGGUCUCUCGCUGGGGUCAGUUCUGCAGCUCCAGUCAGGAGAGCUGGAAGAGGCGUCACCGGGGUUCCAAGGCCACUUUUCAAGAUGUGUUGCGGCCUUGCUCGGUUACUACGUUUAUAUGGAUAAAAGCUGCAGCUGGAGCCCUGCCUGUCGUGGGGCACUGUUUCCUUUGAGAAGGGACCGAGCGCUCCGCUGGUGCUACGGGCGGGCUGUGGCAUGCUCUCCUUAGCGCCGAGCGCUGGUGCAGGGACCCUCUUGCAGCCCAUGCACCCGGUUCCACUCGGAGAAGCUCCGGUGGCGAGCAGGCCAAUGGCACAAGAGGCAGAGCCAGAAGCACCAGUCCGUUGUGGAAUGAAAUUUUUCGUGCCAAUCAUUAAGCCCCAGGAGACCACUUUUAAAAAUGGGGAAGGCCUGCAGAAAAGCUGGGAAGCCACCAAAAGGCCUGGGGUUGGGGGUGCCCUGGGAGGCCCUCAGCUGGGCUGGCCGCGAGCGAGCGAGCGAGCGAGCUGGGAGGAGCGGGUCCGUUCCGCAGAAGAAGCUGCCCCAAGGAGCCUUCGAAGGGUGGGGAAGUCAAGCUGAGCCGUGUGCACUUUUGGGGAGGGUGCGCAGCUCUGGGGCCCUGCUGCAGCCUGCCCUCCUGCUGAGACUCUGCAGAAUUACUGGCCAGUGGCACAAACCUGAUGACUGAAUCAUGCUAAUUUGCAUCUCAAUAAAAUCGCAUUUACAGAGUUUCA